CGGUUAGACGUCACGCGUGCCUAUCUUUCAGGGUGAAGAUACAGGCAAUGUCAUACAGCUUUCCUCAUCAUCACCACUAAAAUUCGCCGUAUCUUCUAAAAAAUAUUCUUGACAGCACUUGGAAAAAUUAUUGGAGCAGAAUCGCACUGACUGUCAUAUAAAGCGCUGCUCUACAGUAGGAGCAUUGGGUGCUGUCCAAGGUGCUGAACUCUUCUAGCCCAUCUUUACUCUACUACAUGCCAACUGGUAUCUCCUGACACCCGGUUCCAGCACUCAUCAACGCACAACUUUAAAGCCAUGGAUGAGGGUUAUAGAGACCGCUCAGCCUUUAUUAAAGGCGCUAAGGACAUUGCCAAAGAGGUCAAAAGGCAAGCAGGUAAAAAGGUGGGCCGCCACGUGGACAAGGUGGGCGAUGAAUACACCAAGCGCUCUUACACUCGCUUCGAGGAAGAAGAUGAUGAUGAUGACUAUCCAGUGCAAGCCCAGGAUGGCAGCUAUUACCGUAGCAACAGCAGGGCCAAUGAUGACGAAGGGGCUCACAGCGACUCUACAGAAGGUCAUGAUGAAGAUGAUGAGAUAUACGAAGGUGAAUAUCAGGGCAUCCCCAGAAAUGACUCAGUGGAAAAGGCAGACAGACAGGUGGAUGGUGUGGGACAGUCGCAGUUCCGGGACACAACGCAGUAUGAGGGGGAGAGGAGGAAAGACCAGGAAGAGUUGGCCCAGCAGUACGAGACCAUUCUCCAGGAGUGUGGCCAUGGGCGCUUCCAGUGGACCCUCUACUUUGUGCUGGGUCUGGCCCUCAUGGCAGACGGCGUGGAGAUCUUUGUGGUGGGCUUCGUACUGCCCAGUGCUGAGAAAGACAUGUGCUUGUCAGAGCCCAACAAAGGAAUGCUGGGUCUUAUUGUAUACCUGGGUAUGAUGGUGGGUGCCUUUGUGUGGGGAGGUCUGGCUGACAGAAUCGGGCGCAGACAGACACUUCUCAUCUCUCUCUCCAUCAACAGUGUAUUUGCUUUCUUCUCCUCAUUUGUCCAAGGAUACAGCUCCUUCCUGUUCUGUCGUCUGCUCUCCGGUGUGGGGAUUGGUGGUUCUAUUCCCAUCGUGUUCUCAUAUUACUCUGAGUUUCUGGCUCAGGAGAAGCGUGGUGAGCACUUGAGCUGGCUCUGUAUGUUCUGGAUGAUUGGAGGCAUCUACGCUUCAGCCAUGGCCUGGGCCAUCAUUCCCCACUAUGGCUGGAGCUUUCAGAUGGGAUCAGCCUACCAGUUUCAUAGUUGGCGAGUGUUUGUGCUGGUGUGUGCGUUCCCCUCCGUUGCUGCUAUCGUGGCGCUAACCACCAUGCCAGAGAGCCCACGCUUCUACCUUGAGAACGGGAAACACGAUGAAGCUUGGAUGAUACUAAAACAAGUCCAUGAUACCAACAUGAGAGCAAAGGGCUACCCAGAAAGGGUCUUCUCAGUCACCACCAUUAAGACGGUGAAACAGAUGGAUGAGUUGGUUGACAUGGGUGGAGAGGCCACAGCCUGGCACCACUGGAAGAUCAAACUCACCAACCUCUUUCACCAGGUGUGGAGCAACUUCCUGACAGUCUUUAAUCCGGAGUACAGGAGAAUUACCUACAUGAUGAUGGCUGUGUGGUUUUCCAUGUCCUUCAGCUAUUACGGUUUGACUGUUUGGUUUCCUGACAUGAUCAAAUACCUGCAGAAACAAGAGUACUCCUCACGCACAAGAGUCUUUAUCAAAGAGAAAGUGGAGCAUGUGACCUUUAAUUUCACACUGGAGAACCAGAUCCACCGAAAUGGAGAGUACUUCAAUAACAAGUUCUUGAAUCUAAAGAUGAAGUCUAUGGUAUUUGAAGACUCCCUGUUUGAGGAAUGCUACUUUGAGGAUAUCACGUCAAGCAACACCUUCUUCAGAAACUGCACCUUCAUUUCCACCCUCUUCUACAACACCGACUUGUUCAAGUACAGGCUGAUCAACAGCAAACUCAUUAACAGCACUUUCCUCCACAACAAAGAAGGCUGUAUGUUGGAUUUCAGUGAUGAGAAUAAUGCCUACAUGAUUUACUUCGUUAGUUUCCUUGGCACGCUCGCUGUCCUUCCUGGAAACAUCGUGUCUGCUCUCCUCAUGGACAAGAUCGGACGUCUAAGGAUGCUGGCGGGUUCCAGUGUGAUUUCCUGUGUCAGCUGCUUCUUCCUGUCGUUUGGAAACAGCGAAUCAGCUAUGAUCGCUUUGCUUUGUCUCUUUGGGGGCAUCAGCAUUGCGUCCUGGAAUGCCCUGGAUGUACUAACAGUGGAACUGUACCCCUCUGACAAGAGAACUACAGCCUUUGGAUUUCUGAAUGCCCUGUGUAAGUUAGCUGCAGUUCUGGGCAUCAGUAUCUUCCAGUCGUUCGUGGGCAUCACCAAAGCAGUGCCCAUCCUCUUCGCUUCGGGGGCUUUGGCUGUUGGAAGCUUCUUAGCUCUAAAGCUUCCUGAAACUCGUGGCCAGGUGCUUCAAUAGUCCAGCCAGCAGGUGGCGGUGUUUAAGUAGGGAAUGCUCGACUGUGUCGCCCAACCCCAAACCCUGUCCGUGAGUGAUGCUGGGAGCAGCUGAAACAAACCCCAUAUUUACAGAACAGUUCAGAUCAGAUAUCUUAAUUACUCCAAUGGGUGCAACUGUAAUAUUGUUUAAUUUCAACUUGACCUCAUUCAACUCUAUAUGUAUAAACGUAUUCCCUGGCAUCUUGGGGAGGGAAUAACAAGUGAGCCACCCACUCAUUCUAUGUUUUCAUACAGCAGAUCAUUUAGUUUCUUUAAUGAAUUGACCCCUUGACCCACUUCUGAUGUAUUAUUGUAUGCAGGAAUAUUAGAAACCCUUUGUAUGUGUAGAAAACCUGCCAUGUUAAACACAUUCCAGCUUUGCGUUCUGUAUGUUACGAAUGUGAAAAUUAUCAUGAUCAGUUUGACUUUCCCUUAAAUCUUUGUCCAAGCCAUCGUGUGAUCUGAAAACCAUCAUCGAGGACCCGUGACAUCAUUAGGUAGAUAGAUAUAUUUGAAUGAACAGUGUUGAUCUAGUGGUGCUGGUGAUGGUUCUUGUUGUUGCUUGUUGUUGUGUCCCAAGAACAACAUUUUUUGAUUGCGGGCGAUGCCAUAAUUGUCUGCAAUAUCGGCUCAAGCACUCUUCACUUCUCAAGUUUAGAUGUUUCAAUGCAAUUACUGCUAGAGUCACAUUAUUAUAGACGAUCUGUAUCUUCGUUGCACUCGUUUUUGGUUCCGUUCCAUCUGAAAAAUACCGUUGUUCUUUCAAGAUGUCUGAUUAUUGAAGGUGUUGUGCAUGUAAUGAUGUGUGAAUUCAUAAGUAUACGCUUAAAGAUGUAAAAUGUCAGAAACGUGACAAUGAUGGGGUUGUCAUUUUUAUGGUCUAGACAAGGCGAACUGCUCUCUGAGCUUGCUAUUGUCCAUAUUUUGCAUUAUUAUUAUUAUUAUUGAUUUAGUACGCUAACAACAGAACAUACCGUUUGUGUUCCUACUGAUAUCCACUGAGUAGUUUCAGUUGAGCCCCUUUGAAUGUGCGCAAACAAUGAGACGAAAGUUACAUCGGCGCGUCAUCUCAUCUAAGACAUUCAUUCAUGACAAGCGUAAAAUCUAAAGGAGAAAAUAAAUAAAUGAAGCGCAAUUUGAUUAAACUAUCAAAAACAAUGGGUUUAUUUGAAUGAUUAUGUACAUUGUGCAUUGAAUAUAAUGUUAAUAUAUUAACAUUAGCUUUGAAACAAGUCUGUCUGUUUGAACACUCAAGCUAAUAUUAAAUAUACAUAUAAAUAAUCAUAUAUACAUAAGAAAAAAAGCUUUCAUGUUCAGGUGUUGAACUAGUACCUAUAUGUCUUAGAUUGCCUUUGAUGUAUGUAUAUACAGUUAUUAAGGGAUUUCAUUUUUUUGAUCAAAGUAAAUAUAUUAAAAAAGUGACUGAUUAAGUCCAUACACAGAUUUGCAGCACACAGACACCCUCAUUCAUGUUUUCUCACAUUCUUGUAAAGAAACAGAGGUAUCCGUCUGUAUGGGAGGAUGUGUGGACCGUAUGUAUGGAAGUAUGUGUGCGCUUGCAUGUGAAAUGUUGAGUGUUCUCUAAAUAUUUGUAUUUAUUUAUAUAACUGUUUAUGAGAGUUUGGUUUUAUAGUAUUUUUUACUUUAUCUGUAGAAACAGAUGUAGUGCCACAUGCAGGGUGAAAAUAUUGCUGUAUCAUUGUUAACCUGAUGUUCAAAAUACUAUGGUGACUUGUUAGCAGUAAGUGAGUAUAGCAUCAAAAAACAAGAGAUUUUAUUUAAGGUCUGUGUUGAAGAAAUUAAAUAAAAUGGUUCCUGUUGAGCGGAGGAGGGCGGGGCCGGGCUGGAACGAAGCACGCCCGGUCCCCAAUCAGCCUGAUGGGGCGCGUGAGGGACAAAGGCGGCUGGUGACAACAGUUCGAGAGAGAAAGAAUUGCAGGCAGCUGCUCUGUUUGUGUGUUUUUAUUUAAUUCAAUAGUAUUUAUAUUGUUAACCCAGUUCUCGCCUCCUCCUUUAACCCCCAUACACUGGUGCCGAAACACGGGAAGGAGGACCAUCAUCACCGGCCGCCUUUAUCCCUCGCGCACCCCAUCAGGCUGAUUGAGGACCGGGCGUGCUUCGUUUCAGCCCGGGCCCGCCCUCCUCCGGUCUACAGUUGCAUUUGACGGGUAGCAAAAAACGAGGGUAUCCUAUUAGGAAAAGCAGUAAACAAGUUGUGAUAUUUGUCCAAUUCUGCUAUGUUUUACCAAGCAUAAUUAUUACUAGCUCCACGGAGAACAGUUUUUUCCUGUUAAGUAAACAGAUAUUGAAGCAAAAAUUUCAGAAAAGAUAAAACCCCACCUGGUUGAAAGCGAUUUUUCAGCCUCCGAUAUUUCUGAACGCUGUUAAUGUUUACACUGCAGCAGUUUUUUGGUGUCAUUCAACGUUCUUUACUGCCGUUUUGUAGGAUAGCAGCCAUAAUACAUGUGUUCAGUGUAGACACCACGAUACAACAGAUUUAAAUACACUCAAAUAAAUGUAAUCAAAGUGGUUUCCUAACCUAACACGUGAUUCAUUUUAGGCACAAAUGGAACUUUUCAAGCACUUAAAAUGGUUGUAAAGGCAUUACAGUUCAUUUCAAUUGGAGAAAGUUUUUAAAUGAAAUGUUCUAGAAACUGCCGUCCCUGUCGUGACCUUAGGUCAGCAGAAUUAGUGUCACAGAUGCUGUAGUGACAAUCCUUAUGUGUGCCAUGUGUGACAGUGCGCAUCUUUAAUUGCCAAAUAUUUUCUACGUGCUCAGUUUGUACUGGCAGAUCCCACAUUACGGCAUGUAGAAAAAAAUUACACGCUUUGUAAUACAUUGACAUUCUAGCAGUGUGUGGCGAUCCAAGUAAGCAAAAAAUAAAUAAAUAAACAAUUAAAAAAAAAGUUUUGUGGUUUAUAAACGUAUCUCUUAAUCAGGUCUUAACAGUGUUUUACUCAGAUGGGACACACAUUAAAAACAAAAUGUUGUUCUUGAAUAUUAUAGAAAAAAUGAUGUCUCUAAAAUGAAAGUUUACUCACCCUCAUGUCAUUCCAAACAAAUAUGCCAUCAAGAACUGUCUUUGUAUGGAAAAGAUCUGUGUGAAGAUUCUUCAGAAAUGUUACUUUUCUGCUCCACAUUCGAAUUAAUCAGCAUACAGGUUUAGAACGAUAUGGAGGGGAGUAAAUAAUGUUUUGCGGGAUACUAUUUCUCUAAUAUUCAUGUGCGAGAUGGUUACAAUUAGUAGAUAUUUUAAACAUUAAAACAUGAAAGAUUUGCUUUGUAAGUGAACUGUAUAACUGUUAGUACGCACCACCAGUCAUCUAUUGAAAUAGAACUUAUUCAAUGUCACUGUUAAAAUGGCCCAUUUUGCCAUUUCUUCCACAUCUAAACAUAUUCUUAUCUAAAAUCCUGCAGUUUGUAACCCUUCAUUGUCACAUCUCAAACUUGUCGCCAUUGAACUACAAAUGAGUAUGUCAUAACUGCUGUUGUAUGCUGUGAAAUGCUGAAUUACAGUAACUAAUCUCAGUGAAGCUGUAUAACUUCUCUCUGUGUAAAAGCAGUCCUAGAUUUGGUGCACUUCAUCACUUAAGAUUGUGUACUGGUUGUACGACUUUGGGUUUUGUUACAGGGUCUUUUGUAUUUCUGAUAAAUAUGUGUUUACUUAGCAACAAUCAAAUCUUGUGUGCAAAAAGAAAUCAAAGCAAUAAGUGGUAAACAUGUUUCUUUGCUCUGCCCCCAAACUAUUGGGAAAGAAAGCACACAAAAUGUUCACUGGCCACAUUCAAUGAAGCGGCAGAUGUUUAACAGCUGAAAGAAAAAAGGCCAACAUCCGUGUACUCUACAAAUAUACCAUAGCUCUUCUGAUGCUUUUGUCAGUUUUAAUGUAAUGCCAUUAUUUAAAUGUGACGGAGAGUUUAUCACCUUACCAUUGUACUGUGCUGUAGAGAUUGUAGUUGUUUGUAUGUAAAAGAAUAAAUAUGUGGAACAAUAAAACAAAAAAGAUACAAAAAAAAUGUUGAAUAUGAGAAAUAGAGUACUAGUAUAUGUUGUUCAUUUUGUGAUAUUUUUGUUUGUUUGUUUUGUUUUUGUACAUGAGAAUGGAAAUGACGCUGACAUUAAUUAAUGUUGAAUAUAGAGACUAUUCCAUCCUUACCAACAUGGUUCUGUAUUACAGUUUGUGAGAGAUUUACUUUCGUUUUCUGACUCGUAUGCGGGGCAUUGGACUGCGCUUGUACAGUAAAAAUUGUCCCUCAAUGGAUUUAAAAAAUAUAAAUAAUAAAACAUAU